AGGGUCUGUGGACGUGGAGGCGAAUCACCGCCCAGGCGCUACUGCACUGAAACCACCUAAACGCUUGGUUCCGACGCUCUGGACGGGCGUCCGUUAGUUAAUGCUACAUAGACCUUUUCGAGCCUUGACGUCUCCCUUCCCUUCUUUUGUCGCCAUUUUCCCUAUCUUGUUUCAUUAUUUCUUUUAAAUUCCUCCAGGGAUCUGUGAUCCUUUGUCGCUCCGUAGUGCAGUUAAUCUUACGCAUCCCGCCUCGCAGUCGCAUCGGCCUAGGUGGGAAAUAGGAAGUCAAGCCAGUGGUUUCCUUUAGAUCUAGGAACCUAGGGGUUCCUUUGUCUUCGGGACCGAUUUUCAAGCUACUGAUGCGACUGGCUUUGGAGAGAUGAACAGGCAUCACGCCUUCACCAACGGCUACGCUGCCUACCCUCGCGGGCAGGGCAGCACAUUCUCCAUUUCUCCCCACCGCUUCCAACCGCGUUCACAACCUGCUCUGCGACGACGAAGGCAACUUAUCCAACGGCUGUUCCUCAUUGGUGGCCUCUCUUUGUUACUCCUCGUCCUCAUCUUCCCUUCUUGGAGAGCCACAAUUCUGCCAGUAGUAUCCCUUGGACUUCUUUCUUCUGCGGAAGACUUGCAAAUACAAACUGUACGAUAUUACGACCUCUCAGCUGUACAGGGCACCGCAGAUGGAUGGGAGAAAGAAGAGCGUGUGCUCAUGUGCACACCUCUUAGGGAUGCCUCGUCCCACCUGCCGAUGUUCUUUUCGCAUCUCCGAAACCUCACCUACCCUCACCACUUAAUCGACUUAGCUUUUCUGGUCUCGGAUUCAAAGGAUAAUACACUAGAAAUGUUAUCCAGCAUGCUUGGGGAACUUCAGGCCGAGUCUGAUCCGCACAUGCCGUUUGGUGAAAUCUCAGUCAUCCAUAAGGAUUUCGGACAGAAAGUGACACAAGAUGUCGAGAGUAGGCAUGGGUUCGCUGCACAAGCUGGGCGGAGAAAGUUGAUGGCUCAGGCGAGAAAUUGGCUGUUAAGUGCUACGCUUCGACCGACUCACAGCUGGGUCUAUUGGAGAGAUGCCGAUGUAGAAACGGCACCAUUCACCAUUAUAGAAGACCUAAUGAGACAUGAUAAGGAUGUCAUCGUACCAAAUGUCUGGCGGCCACUCCCAGACUGGUUGGGCGGGGAACAGCCCUAUGACUUGAACUCCUGGCAGGAAUCGGAAACUGCACUGGCCCUGGCAGAGACACUGGAUGAGGAUGCAGUUAUUGUUGAAGGAUAUGCUGAGUAUGCGACGUGGCGGCCUCACCUUGCCUACCUUCGAGACCCAUACGGUGAUCCUGAUAUGGAGAUGGAGCUCGAUGGCGUUGGCGGUGUUAGUAUCCUUGCAAAGGCAAAGGUGUUCCGUGCUGGAGUUCAUUUCCCAGCAUUCAGCUUCGAAAAGCAUGCUGAGACUGAGGCAUUCGGCAAGAUGGCCAAACGCAUGGGAUUUUCCGUUGUCGGUCUCCCACAUUAUACUAUCUGGCAUCUUUACGAACCUAGUGUCGAUGAUCUUCGGCACAUGGAGGAAAUGGAGCAAGAGCGCAAAGCUCGCGAAAAGGAAGAGAAGGAACAAGCUGAGCGGUCAGAGCGUGUCAAUACCCUGUUCCGGGAUACUAAAGCAGAGUCGGAAAUCGAUAACGCUUUUGUUCGCGACGAUAUGGAAACCGAAGGAAAAGACCAGAAAGCCUCGGACGAUUCGAAGAAGCUGGAAGCUGAAAGUGCUGAGGAAGCGAAAAUAGACAAAUCCUCGAAAGCCCCAGAACGGGAAGAACAGAAAGCUCCAGAAACUCCGAAGAACAAAAACUUGAAAGAUGCCGAAGAGGUGUCUGCAGUAAAACCGGCUAAGGAACAGGCCGGUGCUGCGCAUGAUGAGCAAUUAAAGCAGGGAGAGUAGCGAUGCUCAUUAUCACAGUUCUUCAUGUAUUCGGUAGCGAAAGGCAUCGGUUUAAAAUCUGUGAAAAACGGAGAACAUCGCUGCCUAUUGCGCCUCACCAGUCUCUGUGCUGGUCACAGUGUGGCUUUCUCAUUCUCUUUAGAAUAUGCCGUCAAUUACUGGCAGCUUUUUGUAUAUGGGCUUGUGGAGUGUUUUGAGGCUUGAUUUAUUCAUCUGAUAUUUGGUUGAUCUGUAGGUCUGAUAUUGGGAAGCACUUGUUUUAUUUUUCGCUGUCUUGACGAUGUAUUGGUAUGAACGACUUGCCUCAUGGGCAAAACGUAUG